AUGGCUACUUGUGCUCAUGGGGAGGUUCCAAUAUCUAAGGGAGAUAAAUUAAAUAAGGAUCAAUGUCCUAAAACAAGUGUUGAGAAAAGGGAAAUGGAGUCUGUACCAUAUGCUAGAUUAGUUGGCAGUCUCAUGUAUGCACAAGUGUGCACUAGGCCAGAUUUAUUCUUUGCAGUUGGCAUGUUGUCUAGAUUUCAAUCUGAUCCUGGACACAAGCAUUGGACUCCUGGCAAAAAGGUAUUGAGAUACCUACAGAGGACUAAGAGUCACAUGCUUGUGUAUAAGUGUGUGAAGAAACUUGAACUUGUAGGCUUCACAGACUCAGAUUUUGCAGGCAAUUAUCAUGCAUCAAUGAAGUCUACUUGUGGCUAUGUAUAUAUAUUGGCAGGUGGUGCAGUGGCUUGGAAAACAAUGAAACAAUCAUUGAUAGCCACAUCCACCAUGCAAGCAGAAAUUAUAGCCAUAUAUGAAGGUGUAUGUGAAGGCCUAUGGAUCAGAAACUUUCUUUUGGAAACAAAGAUUUUAAGUAAUCUUGUUGAUGGAAAGCUGAAAGUUUAUUGUGAUAAUGAAGCUGCUGUGUUCUUCAGUAAGAAUAGCAAAAGAUCCAAUAAUUCAAAACAUAUAGACUUGAAGUUCUACAGUGUGAGAAAGAGGGUAAAAGAUGGAGAGAUUGAAAUAGCUGCCAUUAGCACAGAUGCACAGCUUGCAGACCCUUUUACCAAGGCAUUACCAAUUUCAGUUUUCAAGAAGCAUGUUGAAGACAUGGGAAUUCUCUCUAGUUUAGAUUCCUGA